AUGCUUGCGUCGCUCCUACUUCCAGUCGACUGGCAUUAUAUCUGCCUUCUUCAGCGCGCCAUUUCCGGUUACUGUCCACCCUUACAGACCCGCCUGAAGAAGAACAAGGUCGAUGUGCAGAUGCUCCAUCCAGACCUGCACAGCAAGGUGUUCCCCACCUCCUCUUCUCUUGCGACGACAACGGUCAACACAUCGAUGGAACCCACGGCGGACAUGGUCAAAUACGCUAUCGGACAUCUGGAAAAGCAAAGCCUCUGGGGCAAGGAAGCCAUCCCAGUCCCCAACACCACCUUCGACGUCCCCCCGCUUCGAGGCCCUACCAUCGAGGAUCACUUUUAUAACAUUGGAAAGCUUGACUCGGAACGGUAUCAGGAAUUGGCGGUCACCUUUGCGCGAUCGCCUGUCCAUUCUCCGCCCAAGACGUGGAUUUUCCAGGAGGGGUGGACCCGUUAUGGGAUGGAUGGAUCGGUGACGAGGGUAGAGUAUCCGAAGGACAAGAUGUUGACGUUUGAUGUUGAGACGGUCCCGAGUUUGAGCAAGUACCCUGUCAUGGCUUGUGCGAUCUCUCCCGAGGCUUGGUACGGAUGGGUUUCGCCUUGGCUUGUCAACCCUCUCACCAAGGACGGUCGGCAGAAUGACUGUCAUCUGUUGUCGUUUGGGCCCAGUCGGAACGGGAAAGGCGACGAGCGGAUAUUAGUCGGUCAUAAUGUUGGGUAUGAUCGUGCACGGGUAUUGGAGGAGUAUUGUCUGGAGCAGAACGGGAUGCGGUACCUCGACACCAUGAGUCUUCACAUUGCUUCGUCAGGACUUUGUACACAACAACGACCCAGCUGGCUCAAAUACUCCAAAGCGAUCGAGAACUCAGACUCGGCAUACGUUGACGCCUUCAAGGCCACCACCGGCAAGUACUUUGACGUCAGCGCCGUUAACAGUCUGCUUCAGGUGGCCAAGUUCCACUGCGGGAUCGAUAUGGACAAGGCACCACGGAAUCUUUUGGUCGAGGCGACUUAUAUCGGACUGAUUCAGGAUAAUUUUCAGAAUCUGAUGACCUACUGUGGACAGGAUGUCGUCGCCACGCAUGCGGUCUAUCAAAAGACGUUACCAAAGUACCUCGAGACUUGUCCGCAUCCAGUCUCGUUUUCGGGGAUGCUCCAUAUGGGGUCGUCGUUUCUCACAGUCAACGAGGGAUGGACGGCUUACGUUACUCGCUGCAACAAGAUGUACAAGGAGAUGGCCGAGAAUGUCGAGUCGAAGCUGAUGCUGUUGGCCCAGAACGCGCUCGACAACUUUGCAAAGGAUCCAGAGUUUUACCAGAAUGACCCAUGGAUCAGCCAGCUGGACUGGAGCAUGCCGAAAAAAAGAGAGAGGGCGGGCCAACUCAGGGUCGAUGGCACAGGAUGGGUGAAGGGCAGGGAACCUAGAGAGAUCUGCCAAACCAAAAUCCUGCCGGACAAGCCUCAGUGGUACCGAGGACUGUGGAGCCUUGAGGAGAAACGCAUCAAGCUCACAACACGCCAACGAGUUGCACCCCUUUUGCUCAAGUUGCAGUGGCAAGGAUACCCCCUGGUUCACUCUAAACUUCAUGGCUGGACGUUCCGUGUGCCCAGGGAAGAUACGUAUACGUCAAAGCUGGCCGAGCUAACUUUCCCGGCAGAAAGUGAGGCUGGUUUCCAGGACGGUAUCAACAUCACGGAUUUCCGCUACUAUCGACUACCACACAAGUCUGGAGAGGGUACCAAUGUCGGCAACCCCCUGGCCAAAGGCUACAUCUCUUACUUUGAGGAUAAUGUCCUGAGCUCCUUUGCUGGUAAAGGAGAAGGGUCGACUGAGGACGGGAGCGGUCAAUUGGCACGACAGGCGCUGGAUAUGAAUGCUCAGUGUGCCUACUGGGUCAGUGCUAGGGAACGUAUUGAGGACCAGUUUGUUGUCUGGGACAAGGGCGCCGAUGGACUGGGCGAGAAGAUGAAACUCCCGGAGCGUGAGGGCGAGGGCAAGACCAACGGCAUCAUUCUCCCGCAGAUCAUCACCAUGGGCACAGUGACUCGACGUGCGGUGGAGAAGACAUGGAUGACAGCCAGUAACGCGAAGAAGAACAGGAUCGGAUCCGAGCUGAAGUCGAAUGUCGAAGCGCCAGCGGGGUACAAGAUUAUCGGAGCAGAUGUCGAUUCGGAGGAGCUGUGGAUCUCGAGUCUGAUGGGCGAUGCGCAGUUCAGGAUGCAUGGCGCGACGGCUUUAGGGUGGAUGACCCUCCAGGGUACCAAGGCAGCCGGAACAGACCUUCACUCCAAGACGGCGAAUAUUCUGGGCAUCUCGCGCGAUCAGGCCAAGAUCUUCAACUAUGGACGUAUCUACGGUGCAGGCGUCAAGUUUGCAGCGAGACUGAUGCAGCAGUUCAACACGGCGAUUGAUGCGACCGAGGCCAAAGAGAGAGCGACCAAACUGUACACGGCUACUAAGGGUUCGAGGCAGCUCAGGGCUCCGGAGUACGAGCUGGUGCACGAUCGACCCUUCUGGCAUGGAGGUUCCGAGAGUUAUAUGUUCAACAGUCUGGAGCGCACUGCAACCGCCGACGAUCCCAGGACACCCGCGUUGGGCUGUGGAAUCACGGAUGCCUUGAAGCCUAAGCAUACAGAGAGCCAGUUCAUGACAUCGCGAGUGAACUGGGUGGUCCAGUCGUCAGGAGUGGACUACCUGCAUAUGCUUCUGGUGUCGAUGAACUAUCUGAUCAAGAAGUACGAUAUCAAGGCGCGGUUCAUGCUUUGUGUUCACGACGAGGUUCGGUAUAUGGUCAAGGAAGAUGACUCUGCGCGCGCUACCCUUGCCCUCCAAGUCAGCAACCUCUGGACCCGCGCCAUGUUCUCCUACAAACUGGGCAUUCACGACCUUCCCCAGUCGGUGGCGUUUUUCUCGGCAGUAGAUGUGGACCAUGUCUUCCGCAAGGAGGUCAACAUGGACUGUCUGACGCCAACUCAACCAUACCCAAUCCCCCACGGAAAAAGUCUCACCAUCGAAGAUGUAAUCGACCUGACCGAUGGUGGGAAGCUCGGACCAGUGGCGCCCGGGUUUGAAGACGCUGCCGAGAACUCGAUUCCAUUCGCACUCUUGUCCAAGGACCAUCAACAACAGAUCUUGAUGCAACAGGCUCAGCAGAGCUCGCCUGUUAUUCAGGAGAUCACGGAGGAGCAUGGGGGGAUGAAUGGGUUAGUCAAGACUGCAGCGCAGAAUGCAGAGGAGCGGAAUUCGAUCUUUUUGCAGGCCCAGUCGUUGGCGACGAUGAGGGAGAUCAAGCUGGCGAUCAAGAAGCGGCAGGCUGAGGCCGAGGCUGCGUAUCGGGCUCAGGUCGAGGCGGAGAGGAAGAGGCUUGAGGACGCUGAGAGAGCUAGUCGGGGUGAUCAGGGUGAUGAUGGUAGUGGACAGGGUGAUGAGGUCGUCAAGGCUGUGGCUACGAAGCGCAAGUCGACCACGACGGCACCAAAGCCGAGGAAGUCGCGUAUUGUCCGUGAGGCAGCGCCAUUCGCAUUCAAGCCCAAAGUGACAAAGGGCUCUUGGGGGCGGGUUAUGACCGAUGAGGAGCUUCGAGCGGAACUCGCCGAGACUCAGGAGAGGGAGCAGGAUCAGCAGCUGCAACAUAGUUCAGGACCCAGGGUUGAGAAGGAGAUCCCACAGGAAAAUGUCGUCAAGGCGACGAGUAAGGUUGAGGAGGUCAUCCCCUUUAUCGACGACGGCACACCCGAGGAUACAGGAUUCGCUAUCGCUUUCGAGGACGUUGUCUCGGAUGAGACUCUCGCCACUGCAAGCUUGGAUGACGACUGGACUCGGCAGUCCCAGGAGUGGCUUCAAGAUUUUAAGGACUAUAAAUCCGACUCGCUGUCGGUGGACUUUGGUCGUGCCUCAACCGAUUCUGGGCUUCCGUUUGAGUCGGGAUAUUUGCCUUAUAUCCCUCCAUCGGCUGCUGAUUUUGCGCGCGAGACGUCGAUUCUGCAUGAUGCGCCAAAUGCCUUUAUUUUUGCGGACAGCUUGUCGUCUUAUGGUACUUCCCGACGUGCCAAUGCUAGUCCUGCCGGUCCCGGAUCAAGAUCAGGGUCUGUAAGGACCGCCAGUUCUUCAACAAAAGCAGUGGCAGCACCAGCAGCACUAGCAGGGGCGGGAAGGAUCUCAAAACCCACCGCCACUACCACGGCACACGCGUCGUCCUCUUUUUCCUACCCCAACUCAAGGCCGAACACAAGCUACAAAUCGCAGGCUAUACCAGCUCCCAUCUUCGCAUUAGAAUCAACAUCGACAACGACCACCGACCAUACCCGAAGCAACACCCCAACCUACAAAUCCGCUUCUCGUGUAGGAGUCCGGCCAUAUGAACAGUUCCAGGAGAUCCACCGGCAGCAAAAAACGCGCGCCGCGAAUAUCGAUACCGCGGCCAUGAGAGGUAGUACUGGUAGUGGUCACAGAAGGUUCGAGUCGUCCACGCCUAGGACUGAAACUGGACACUCCUUCAAAGAAGUCAUCCAGCGCGCAUCUGAUGCCGACUCUGCUGCUGCUACCACCAGAGGAGCGGAGGAAGAUCGUGGUAGGGGUGGUGAUGGUUCUAGAAUGAAGAACGCUUCUAGUUCGUACUCGUCGCGACCACCUUCGCGAUCCUCAUCGUGGUCGUCUUCUUCAAGGACGACGUCUUCUGCGCAGACGACGACGCCAGGACAGCCGUCGCAGAACCGUGGAUUCCCUGGGUCGCGGUAG